UUCUGGAAGGUACUAGACAAAAACAUGGAACUAAUUUUCCCGUCAGUGAUUAUAAUCCUAGGUUGCGUUGCUCUUUUGUUAUUCCUUCAACGGAAGAGCUUGAGCGGACCCCCGUGCAUCAGCGGCUGGAUUCCUUGGAUUGGAGCUGCAUUUGAGUUUGGGAAAGCCCCUCUAGAGUUUAUAGAGAAAGCAAGAAUCAAGUAUGGACCAAUAUUUACAGUCUUUGCUAUGGGAAUUCGAAUGACCUUUGUUACUGAAGAAGAGGGCAUUGAUGUGUUUCUAAAAUCCAAAGAAGUAAAUUUUGAAUUUGCAGUGCAAGAUCCCGUCUAUCGUACAGCAUCAAUUCCAAAGAAUGUCUUUUUAACACUGCAUGAAAAACUUUAUAUCCUGAUGAAAGGGAAAAUGGGGACUUUCAACCUUUGUCAAUUCACUGGACGACUAACUGAAGAAUUACAGGAACAACUGGAGAACUUAGGCACUCAUGGGACAAGGGACCUGAACAUCUUAGUAAGGCAUCUCCUUUAUCCAGUCAGUGUGAAUACACUCUUUAAAAAAGGUUUGUUUCCCACAAACAAGAGGAAAAUCAUGGAGUUCUACCAGCAUUUUCAAACUUAUGAUGAAGGUUUUGAACAUGGGUCCCAGAUGCCAGAAUAUCUUCUAAGAAACUGGUCAAAAUCCAAAACGUGGUUUCUAGAAUUUUUUAAGAAAAACAUCCCAGAUAUAAAAACAAACAACUCUGAAAAAGAUAAUUCCAUGACAAUAAUGCAGGCGCUGCUGGAAAUCAUAGAGACGGAAACAAAUGAGCAAAGUCCCAACUACGGGCUUCUACUCCUUUGGGCUUCUUUGUCCAAUGCCGUCCCCGUAAGUUUUUGGACACUUGGAUUUAUCCUCUCUCAACCCAGUAUUCACAAGGCCAUUAUGGAAGGCAUAUCAUCUGUGUUUGGCGCAGCAGGUAAAGAUAAGAUUAAAGUGUCUGAGGAUGACUUGAAGAAACUCCCUCUAAUUAAAUGGUGUAUUUUGGAAACGAUUCGUUUAAGAGCCCCGGGUGCCAUUACUAGAAAAGUGCUGAAACCAGUUAAAAUUUUGAAUUUCACUGUUCCUUCUGGUGACCUGUUGAUGUUGUCUCCAUUUUGGCUACAUAGAAAUCCAAAAUAUUUUCCUGAACCAGAAUCUUUCAAACCCGAACGUUGGAAAGAGGCAAAUUUAGAGAAGCAUGCUUUCUUGGACGGCUUUGUGGCCUUUGGAAGCGGGAAGUACCAGUGUCCAGGAAGAUGGCUUGCUAUGUUAGAGAUUGAAAUGUGUAUUAUUUUAUUAUUUUAUUAUUAUGACUGCAGUCUUCUGGACCCAUUGCCAAAACAGAGUUCUCUCCAUCUGGUGGGUGUCCAGCAGCCAGAAGGACAAUGCCGAAUGGAAUAUACACAAAGAAAGUGACAUCUUCUGGGGCCAAGGAGGACCGGGCCUUCUGGAGGGAGACCCACGGGCCUGGCAGCAUCGAGACCUGAGCUCGACUAAAACGUGCUGCUGAACCUUUGCUUUAGUAUUUAGUUCAAGAAAAUGUCCAAACGGUGCCUGUGUCUGCGACCUCGAGAGCAGACCAAGAAUCUGACACCACUCACUGAUAUGAAGACCCGAAUACGUGGUUUACAGAAAAUGUUUAAAUGAUCAAGAAGAGGAGGCAUUUCUUAAGAAGUUGGAAUUUGGUUUAUGAAAAACUGUAUUAGAACCUUAAAUAGUAAUAGUGCAAUUUGAAUGAAAAUCUGAUUACAGUAAUUCACCCUGAAGGCAACAUACUUAAAUUUCUGUGUUGAGAAAGGCUAGCAUCAAAAACAUUAAAUAAUGAUUUCUGGAAAUGUGUAUUUUUCUUAAUAUGAUUCUUAACUAGCAAUUGGAAUUAUCAAGCUCUAUUAAUAUAAUUCUUUAUUGUGAACAUGUCUGAUGCUAAAAGUAUGAGCCCAGCCGGUGCGGCUCAGUUUAGCAUCAUCCCAUGCACCAGGAGGUCACCAGUUCGAUUCCCUAUUAAGGCAUAUGCCUGAGUUGCAGGCUUGAUCCUUGGUAGGGGUAUAUAGGAGGCAGCUGAUCAAUGUUUCUCUCUCAUCAAUGUUUCUAUCUCUCUUCUCCCUCUUCUCUCUAAAAUUAAUAAAAACAUAUUGUUUAAAAAGUAAAAGUAAAAUGAAAGCUUUCUAAGACCUGUAAAGAUAGGAAUUAUGUCUUACACUCAUUUCUACACUCAACUACAUCUGGGACAGCACCUUCCCUAUAAGACAUUUAAUAAAUGUAUGUAGAUUGAUGUAUUGAUUUGUAUGUAUUUCAAUUAAGGUGAAAGCACUCUUGACUCAACUUGUCUGUAAUCACAGUUUAAGAUACUAUUUUUGCUAAUGUAUGGAAACACAAAUAUAAUGAUGUGUCAAGGCAGAUAACAUUUGGCUCCAUUACUUGAGACUUAUGCCUGAAGUGUUUUCUAUGAAAUCCAGAAAAGAAAUUCUGUCAUCUUCAGGAGAAAAUAUGACAAUAAUAACAGAGUGGUCAGUGAUGUCAUGCUUUGUCCUUUAAUAUUCAAUAAAAAGCUGCUUGCCUUCUUCCUUUCACAGUAAGUAAGCUUUGUAGUGCAUGCCAUCCUCUGGAUUAUUUGCUCCCUGUGCUAGAAUUAUCUCAUGGCGUUGAUAAUGAUUGCUUAGUCAUCUGUUUCCUACCAAGGAGCAGAUGACUCCCUAGGAGAAAGCUAAGUACUCAGAGUAUAUUAACUCUUCCAGACUAAUACAGUGAUUUUAAAGCUUAGCUAGCAGCUUGUAACUCAGCUUAGCAGGCUCAGGGGUCUGGAGACUGAAGGGGCUGAGGAAAAUGUAGAAGUCCCCAGCAGAUUUGAGAGUUGCAGACUAAUCUGGCAAAUUCCUCUAAAGAUGCCAGAUGUGUUCUCAGGGAAGGCUCACAGUGAAACACUGCAUUUGCAAAUGAUACACACUUCAGCUGAAUUUGCAACCACUCAGGGCUAGUGUUUAGGUCAUUAUUGCUCGAUCAGGAUGAAUGUUAGCUGUCAAGUUUAUGCACUUUAAAAAAAGAAUGCACCACCAUUUAAUUCUGCAGUUCUGUCAGUAAAUGCUGAACUCUUUUGUUCCUGCUACCAAAUAAAAAUGAAGUUAUAA